UCUCGUGGCGCGUGGGUCAGAGAACUGUGUCUCGUCACUUAUCGUCCGUUACGAGGACACACGCCACAAACCGCGUGGUUAUCCGAGCAUUCAGUGCGCGUCUGCCGUAAUUCGUUAUCGUCGUCGAGCGAACGUACAGUGGGUGUUUUAAACACGACGACCAGCUGCGUUCGACGUUACCAUUGGUGGACCGUGUGACGUGACAGCCGAGGGAAUCCGUUGUACGAGGAAGCGUACCGAUUGGAGCGUUUUCGUGCAAUUUGGAUUAGUCUUCGUUGAAAGACGGAGGACAACGUGAUUCCGUCUCGCCGGUUUCAUCCGUUUGAUUACGAAGCUCGCCAAGGAUGAAGGCCAGGAGGAUACUGACGAUCGUCCUCGCGAUCCUGAUAUCGACGAUAACGUUCCCCGAUUGCGUCGCGGAGCUCUAUACCGCGCUGGCGGAUAUGGAGGAACUACUGGAAACCGAGGCGGUCCUCAUAGACACGCUCAACGGUUACAUUAAAGCUCAGGAGCAUCGUCUGGCUACCCUCAGAAGGAACGUGGAGGAUUACGCGAGGGAACACGAGGAAGCGUCGAGAAACAUUCAGCAGUACCUGUCGAAUCCAAUCAACGCUUAUCUGCUGGUGAAAAGACUGACUACCGACUGGAAACGGGUCGAGGAGCUGAUAACCCAGGACGUGGGCAAGUCCUUCGUCGCAAAUAUCACGAGCUCACGAAGCGACCUUAAAUUCCCCACUGACGAGGACCUUAAUGGCGCCGCCGUAGCUCUGAUGAGGCUGCAGGACACCUACAAACUCGAAACUGCACAAGUCGCCAGAGGCGUGCUGAAUGGAGUUCAGUACAGCACAGGAUUAAGCGCCGGCGAUUGCUUCGAGCUGGGACGGCAGUCUUAUCACAACCGUGAUUACUAUCAUACGGUUCUCUGGAUGCAGGAAGCCAUGGAUCGGCUUCAGGAAGAACAAAACGCGACCACGACUUCGAAACCGGACAUAUUAGAGUACCUAGCGUUUUCGACGUACAUGCAAGGGAACGUAGCGCGGGCUUUAAGCAUGACGAACGAGCUUUUGGAACUGGUACCGACUCACGAGCGAGCAUUGGGGAACCGAGCUUAUUACCAAAAGGAAAUUCAGAGCAAGGCGAGUCAGUCGAAGAAGAAACGCGGCGAGGACGGCCAAGACGAUACAGCGAUCCCCGAACAACACUUCACCGUGACGGAGGAAAAGGUGAAACCGUGGAAGGAGAUGACGGAAACGGAACGGUACGAGAUGCUGUGCCGUGGCGAGGUCUCGAUCACGCAGAAAAUGAAAAAGGAUCUAAAAUGCCGCUACGUGGACCACGGAAAUCCGUUCCUGAAACUGGGCCCGUUCAAGGAGGAGGAGGCGUAUCUGGACCCGAGGAUAGUCAUUUAUCAUAAUGUGAUAUACGACGAGGAAAUCGAGACGAUUAAAAGAUUGGCGCAACCCAGGUUCAAACGCGCCACAGUACAGAAUUACAAAACUGGUGCCUUAGAGAUAGCGAAUUAUAGAAUUAGUAAAAGUGCAUGGCUGCAAGAGCACGAGCACAAGCACGUGGAGGCGGUGAGCAGACGCGUCGAACUGAUGACCGGCAUGACCGUCGACACCGCCGAGGAAUUGCAAGUAGUCAAUUAUGGUAUCGGCGGCCAUUACGAGCCACACUUCGACUUCGCGAGGAAAGAGGAAACGAACGCGUUCAAGAGCUUAGGGACUGGGAACCGUAUUGCCACGGUUCUGUAUUACAUGAGUGACGUGGAACAAGGCGGAGGUACUGUUUUCACGGCCAUUAACAUUUCGUUGUGCCCGAAGAAAGGCAGUGCCGCGUUUUGGUACAACCUGAAACCCAACGGGGAAGGAGAUUUCAAGACCAGACACGCGGCUUGCCCGGUGCUCACUGGAACCAAGUGGGUGGCGAACAAAUGGCUCCACGAAAGAGGUCAAGAGUUUUUGAGACCCUGCACCCUCGAGAACCAAGCGGCAGACGAGGCUGAUGUCCGGCAUUGAAUCGACCGGUCGAUCUCAAAUCGGCAACCUUAGUGGAAACGAACAAAGAAAGAGAUAAAUUUGUUAAUCUCCGUUCGACCAUUCAAACGCAAAAAAAAAAAAGAAACGACAACUUAGGACAUUGUUUGAUGUGUUACGUGGACGAAUUACGCAAAAAAUUUUAAACGAUAUUAUUAUACGACAAUGGUACAUUUUUUGUAUCGGUCACGUAGACCUUUGGGUACGUCAAUGUUAGAAUAAUCAAGGGACGGAUGUCGAUGGUCUUGAAUAUUUGCAGAACUUAAUAACAACUGCCACCGUUUAUUAUACACGUUUAAAACUAAUCGAUCGUUACGAUCGCAAUUAAACUUCGACUUGCUUUCAUUUUCCCCCCGUUUUCUUAAGUAAGGAGGCAAAGUAAGGAGGCAGUUUCCAGAAUGAAUUCGUUCUAACGUCGCCGCGUCACUCAUUAUAAACUAUCUGUAGCCGUAGGAUUUUUACAGGAGCACAACGUUUAGGUAUAGCAUAUGUUAGAAAUUAAAGCAAUAACAAAUUGCACGUUUGGGCCAGUUCGUUCAUCCUAGACAUAGGGUUCUCAUGCUCGUGUACGAGGACACGCGUGAAAAUGAGUAAAAACGUAUCGGGGCACGAGAACCGUGAUUAAUUGGCGUAAUUGAGUUCGCUCGGCGGAGAGUAAAAAGAAGCGGAAUUAAACAUUCCUGUGUUCAUCAAAGAGUAUUCUAAUUAAAUAUUCGCCGUAUCGUUCCUUCUUCUACGGACACAUUUCGCCUAUUCGAUCGGGUCUUUUUGUAAAUAGUAGUGAUAUAAUCGAGAAGUGAAUCAGUGAUUCCUUGGAGAUCCACAGCGUCUUGUAUACGAAUCGCUUGUAAAAAAAAAAAAAAAAAAAAUAAUAAAAGAAGAGGAAUGACAGAUAAAGUAUUAGAGUUUAUCGACGAGAAUGCACGUUUCUUUAUUACCGGUGAUAUUGACCUUAGCAUGUAAGCCGUUAUUCGUGAGCUUCAAUAUCAGUGGUCAUUUAAGACGAGAAAUCUGAUAGAAAGUGUCAAGUAGAAAAGAUACUCAAAUAAUCGAGUAGGACUAUAUAAUUACACGUACCUUAGAUGUCACCGCCGUUCUUCGCACGAUUCCUGCGUCAUCUGCAAUUUCAAUCCCCUAUGCACGUGAAAUUCGACGAACGUUCUUUCGAGAUCUCGUCGGAUAAAAAUCCUCCUGAAACAUUUACUUGUUACGCCCAAAUUCUUCUUGUACGUUCUUUUCGAACAUUGGCACGUAAAAAGCCAUUUCGAGUGACAAAUUUGAACAGAUGCGGGCACAGCAAUUAAAUUCACGUGUACUUUCUUGCGAAAGAUUUAUUUCCCGAAUCUUGGAUACUUGAACGUUUGAGAACAAUUGCGAAAUUACUUACAGUUUCAAAUUUUUAGUAGGCUUUCCGUUUAACAUCGGACGUCGAGCACAAAAGACACACGUUUCGACGAAGACGAAUAAUAUUUAAUUAUCAAAGUUCAGCCCGCACGUGAACGUAAAAAUCUAAUGUUUAUAAUCAAAUACUUCUUUUUAGAACAAUAUUUUCUAAUUCUUUUAAGCAUAAAAAUUUACACGUAAGCGCACGUAUCGCUUGAAUAUGGAGGAAGAUCCGCUACGUAGACUCGCUAAAUAUGGCGGGUAUAUCGGGCUCCCUGAUUGGUCUGUUUGUUACCAACUGCAGUUUGGAACCAAUCAGAUCUAUUCUUACUAAAUUUGGCGCGUAAACGCGUAAUCGAUGCCCGGCUGUGACGAAACAGCGUUUGAAAAGAAUCAAGUGUCCAGAAGCUUUCGUCUUCGUCGUACGUUUUUUUAAUAAUAAUUGUUAGUGUGAGGUCGGUAGUGCAGACGAAAAUUGAUUAACAAGAUGAUCGAUUCAAUUUCGAAAGAAUUCCCGUGACUUCCACGUUGUUGUACUCGAAAGCUACCUUCUAAGAAAACUAAACGACUAAUAGAAUUCAACGUGGCACAACAGACUAAUUAAAUUCAUAAAAUAUGAUUGGUAAGCUCUUUAUUGUUUGUAACUGUCAAUAGAUAAAACACGAAAUUUAUUACGGAUCAUGAAUAAAGUGCGAUGUAAAUAAUUAUUGUAAGAGUCUGAAGAAUCAUAUCGUUCGUUUUGAUGUUCAAUUUUUGUUUAGAUCGGAAACACCAUCGAUCUGCGUUCAGAUCAAAUAAAACGUUGAAACACGCAUUGUUACGGUUCAUUGUUAUCGCACCUAAUGAUCAUUAUUAGGCUGAAGUAACUUACAUCACAGCGAUUAUUCUCAAUCAGCUAAUCGCGAAGUUACGAUAUCACAAAGUCAACUGUAUUUCCUACGUAACGUGUAGCUCGUAAGUUUGUUUAUAACAAUCGUUACUUCAUCCUGCUGAUAGUAAUAUAAUGUCAUGCAAUAAAUGUUUACAAAUCCCGAAAUUUCAGUACCGGAUAUUUAAUCAGCCUGAAAUAAUCAAAUCAACUCCUAUUUACUAUGAAAUGUCGUUUUGUUGAUACAUUUUAUAGCCCUGUUAUGGUGUCCUGUUGCAC